AUGUCGAUUGAGUUGGAAUGGGACAAGCUCGACAAGCCGCUGGCUUCGUCUCUAGUGAAUGCGCUGAACAGGCAGCUAGCGACCACUGCUAGGCCCUCCUUCAUUGGGCCUAUCGAGAUUACGUCCCUCGAAUUUGGCACAGUGAGCCCUGAUAUUGAGCUCGUGGACCUUCGAGACAUCCAUCGCGAUUUCCUGGAGGACGACGAAGAAUUGGACGACCAAGACAGCGAGCCUGUGAAGGAGUCGCAGUGGACGGACGAUGACGAUGACUACGAGUGGGUGUCCCGGAAGGCAGUGCGGGGAAAGGGUCUCGCCGAAGACGUUCCCCCGUACCACAUGCUCCCCCCUCACAUGCGCUACGGACGGGGUCCAGGAAUGGACAUGUUCGCGUCUACGCCGUCCUUGCGCUCCCCGAGGGAUAUGUGGAACCCUACCAUGAGCAGCCUAGUUGACCUCAAGCCGACAUACCCAUACGCAUCUCCCAAGGAAGGGAAGGGGCCAAGUCCGCCAAAUCACCCCAAUCUACAAUUGCAUCUGCGCAUUACUUGGAACUCCAAUCUCCGCCUGACCUUGACCACCUCAUUGCUCAUAAACUAUCCUUCGCCGAUGUUCAUGUCUCUUCCGAUUAAGCUCUCUGUCAUCGGUUUGCUGUUCAACGGUGAAGUGGUCGUGGCCUACGAAGGCGAGCGCCGCCGCGUCCACCUCUGCAUUUUAGACGAGCUCGAUCCUUACAGCCCUCUUGCCGGAGCUCGGCCUAAACGUGAUACCCCACCUUCCGCAGGGACACCCUCCGAGACAGACGAAGAUACCCCAACCACACCCGGCCACACGAGAACAGGCAAACCGCUUCCAAUCGGACAGCGUCUUCUCCCGUCCAUUUACAUCGAGAGCGAGAUCGGACAAGCCGAUAAACACGUCCUGAAGAAUGUCACUCGUGUCGAACGCUUCAUCCAGGACGUCAUCCGGAAGACUAUCGAGGAAGAACUUGUCUUCCCAAACUUCCACACGUUGGUGCUUGGAGAUCCAGGAUCUUAG